AUGAAGCCCGUGUUACAAUUAAUCCAAGAAAAAAUUUUGAUGGAUGAACCACCUUACGGAACAGAUACCACCGGAACCGCUAGAACUGUAAUUAAAACUUCUACAAUAACUGAUCAUCCAGUCGGAGCAAUUAAUACACUAGCUGAAACAAAACAACGAUACGUUAUACCAGAAGAUACAAUUAUUACUAGUAAUCAAGACGCCAAAACAUCUAAUGAAACUAAUAUCGCUCGAGUGAUAGUAAUUUCUAUUGAUCGAUCAAAUUGUAGUCGAAUGGGCGAAGUUAUAUGA